UCCAGGUCCCUCGCCUGCUACCCCAUCUCUUCUCCCCUCCCUGGCUCCCCCAGCGGUCGCUCUCUGGUCCCCGCUAUCCAUUGGUGAGGCCAUGCCGUCCUUUGGGCCGACUCUCUCGCACCUGGGUUAAUUGCUUUGUGAACGUCUUAUCGUCACCGUCACCUCCCGCUCCUGACCAAUCCCUCCAAUUGUUCACAUUUCCAUCCAUCAUGCCGCCACAUCUACACCCCCGGUCCCGUUCCACAUCCUCCCUCUUCGCUGGGACACUCCUUGCGUCGUUGGUCGUUGUCGGUCUUCCGCACGUCUUUCCCUGUCCUGCCCCGCGUCGCACAUUCGCCGAUUCCGAGAUGACCAUGUCGGCAGAUGGACAGCCCAUCCAGAGAAUUCGGAGACGGCGUCGGAAGGAGGACGAAACGCUUAGUCCAGACGGCCAUGCGCUUGUCCGAGCCCAGCCCACUGCCGAUGAAGAGGUGUCUACGUUCCUACAAUUAGAAGAGGAGGCACAAAGACUGGCCAAGGUAGGCCACGAGUGCCCUGUUCCCAAGCCCCGAGGGGUUCUUGGUGAGCUGUUGGGCUUUGUGAAUCGUGGGGAAGCCCCGACACCCACCACGACACAGUCCCAACCGGUGGGGGAGAGUCGGUAAUCGACAUUGUGGCAUACGGAAAGUCUCAAGCAAAGUACUGGAGACAAGGAAAUACUGAAUGAAUGUGAAUUAUACCAUGAAGCAAGCCAUUGAAGCACGGUGGCUUCGACUGAGGUUGGCUUCGGAUCUUGUCGGCCGGGCAGAAAAUCAACCCACGGCAGCAAAUAUACCCCUCUUUGUAUCGAUAGUGUACCUACGACUACUGCCGGAAGGAGUUACUAUACAGUUACGCAUAUGCGAGUGAAUACAAGUCCCGAUUGAUGUAC